AUGUUGAGCAACCUUGGGGUGAUGCUCGGUAUGCGAUUCGAGCGGACCGGUUCGAUAAGCGAUCUCGACCGUGCCGUCGACGUUGCGACCAAAGCAGUGGACGCCACACCUCAAAACCACCCCGAUCGCGCUGGCAGGUUAAACAACCUUGGAAACAAGCUCGGCAGGCGGUUUGAACGCACCGGUUCGAUAAGCGAUCUCGACCGUGCCGUCGACGUUGCGACCAAGGCAGUGGACGUCACGCCUCAAGACCACCCUAAUCGCGCUGGCUACUUGAACAGCCUUGGAACCUGGCUCGGCAGGCGAUUUGAGCUUACCGGUUCGAUGGACGAA